AGUUCCCAAACCGUUUUUUGAAGAGUGACUUCCAACUUUUGGCCGUUGGCAUCAUCCAAUAUAAGACGAAAAUGGCGUUUUCUCCCCCAUCUCCACUUCCCAUUUUACCUUCCACUUUCCACGUCCCACCCUCUUCCGACCCUCCAUACAAGCUCCUUCAAAGCCAUCCAUCUCUGAACCUUCUCUCCAAAUGCAAAAGCUUGCAAACUCUCAAACAAAUCCACACCCACAUCAUCAAAACCGGCCUCCACAAAACCCAGUUCGCGCUCAGCAAGCUCGUCGAGUUCUGCUCCCUUUCUCCCUUCGGCGACCUCUCUUACGCACUCGCCAUUCUCGACACCAUCGAAGAACCCAAUCGUUUCAUCUGGAACACCGUCCUUCGCGGCCAUUCUUUGAGAUCCGACCCCGCAAAAGCUAUUGAUUUCUAUGUCCGAAUGGUCGUUUCUGGUGUUGAACCGAAUUCUCAUACUUUUCCUGUUAUUUUGAAGUGUUGUACGAAAUUCGGGGCUGCACAUGAAGGGAAACAGCUCCAUGCCCAAAUCUUGAGGCUUGGACUUGACGCUGAUGUUUUCAUAAGCACGUCUCUUAUAAACAUGUAUGCGCAAAAUGGUAUGUUGGAUAACGCACGCUUGGUGUUCGAUAAGAGUCCUGUUAGAAACGCGGUUUCUUUCACAGCCUUAAUCACCGGCUAUGCCUUGAGGGGUAGGAUGGAGGAGGCUCGGGGCAUUUUUGAUGAAAUGCCGACCAGAGAUGUUGUGGCUUGGAAUGCGAUCAUCUCGGGGUAUACUCAAAGUGCUCAGUUUGAUGAGGCAUUGGCUUUCUUUAAGGAGAUGGUGAAGGCAAAUGUGAAGCCAAAUGAAAGUAGUUUUGUGGUUAUACUUUCUGCUUGUGCUCAGUCAGGAAAUCUAGAAUCGGGCAAUUGGGUUCGGUCUUGGAUUGGGGACCGUGGACUUGGUUCAAGUCUUCGCAUUGUAAAUGCACUUGUUGAUAUGUACUCAAAGUGUGGGAAUUUAGAUACGGCUCGAGACUUAUUUGAUGGUCUAAGGGAAAGGAAUGUUGUGUCAUGGAAUAUCAUGAUAGGUGGAUAUACUCAUAUGAGUGACUACAAAGAAGCCUUGGCAUUGUUCCGGUUAAUGCUCAGAUCUGAUGUAGAGCCCAAUGAUGUGACUUUAUUGGCAGUUCUUCCCGCUUGUGCUCACUUGGGUGCACUUGACCUUGGCAAGUGGAUUCACGCUUAUAUUGACAAGAAGUUUCAUACUUUUACCAAUAAUUCCCUUUGGACAAGUCUCAUUGACAUGUAUGCAAAAUCUGGAAACAUAGACGCCGCGAAGCAAGUCUUUGAUGGCAUGGAAAUAAGAAGCUUGGCUUCUUGGAAUGCAAUGAUAUCCGGGUUAGCGGUACACGGUCAUGCGAGUUUGGCUUUUGAGCUUUUCUCAAAAAUGACCGACGAGGGUUUUAAGCCGGAUGAUAUUUCCUUUGUUGCUGUUUUAUCUGCUUGCAAUUAUGCUGGUCUGUUAGGUAUCGGACGCCAAUAUUUUAGCUCAAUGGUUCAAGAUUACAAUGUCUCCCCGAAACUGCAACACUACGGUAUCAUGAUCGAUCUUCUAGGUCGAGCUGGGUUGUUCGACGAAGCAGAGAGCCUAAUAAAGAAUAUGGAGAUGAAGCCGGAUGGUGCUAUCUGGGGUUCUCUGCUUGGAGCUUGUAGAGCCCACAGGCGUGUUGAAUUGGGUGAAUUUGUUGCGGAGCGUCUUUCCGAAUUAGAACCCGGAAAUCCCGGUCCUUAUGUUCUGUUGUCAAACAUCUAUGCAGGAGCUAGUAGAUGGGAUGAUGUAGCAAGGAUAAGAACCAAGCUACAUGAUAAAGGAAUGAAGAAAGUUCCUGGAUGUACCUCUAUUGAGGUGGAUAAUGUGGUUCAUGAGUUUCUUGUAGGUGAUAAAGUACAUCCACUAAGCGAAGAUAUUUACAAAAUGUUGAAUGAGAUCGAUAGGCUUUUGGAUAUUUCUGGGUUUGUGCCAGAUACAUCUGAGGUUCUUUAUGACAUGGAUGAAGAUUUAAAAGAAGGUUCCUUGAGUCAUCAUAGUGAGAAGUUGGCCAUUGCUUUUGGUUUGAUCAGUACAAAGCCAGGGACAACAAUUAGAAUUGUAAAGAAUCUUCGUGUAUGUGGGAAUUGCCAUUCAGCUACAAAGUUGAUAUCCAAGAUCUUCAAUAGGGAAAUCAUAGCCAGAGAUCGAAACCGGUUUCACCACUUCAAGAAUGGUUCUUGUUCAUGCAACGACUAUUGGUGAUACAAGUGGUUCCUAGGAUCCCAAACUGCGUGUCAAUUGUUUGUCAUCUUUCAA